AACUAAAUUGACAGUAUACACAUUUUAGGUUAUGUUACUGAUACGAUUGUAAAUAUUUUCCUUUACAAUGGAUCCAUAUGAACAAGUUGCCAAGGGAAAAUUGAAAAUAAAGGGCGAUGCAGUACGUAAAAAGAAGAAAAAUAAAGACAAAAAGAUGUUAGAACAAGUUUCCAAGGUAAUUGAAUCAGAUCAAAAACAAGAAGUUGUUCAGGCCUCCAGGAAAACCAAUGCGGAAAUAGCUUUCAAAAAGAUGCAGGAAAAAAUGCAAACUGAGCGAAUAUUAGAAAAGGCUUCGAUGACACACAAAGAACGGGUUGAAAAAUUUAAUCAACACCUCGACGGCCUCACCGAGCAUUUCGAUAUACCCAAAGUAUCUUGGACAAAAUAAGGCGUUAGUUGGACGUAUAUGUAUAUACUUUAUUGUCAAUAUUUUACUUCUUUUUAACAUUUAUAUACAUUAAAUUAUUUCUAGUACAUA